AUGGAUGGAAAACACGUUGUACACCAGGCAUUUGCAAAUACUGGGUCCGUGUACUACAACUAUAAAGGUGCUCAUAGUAUAGUGCUUCUUGCUGUUUGUGAUGCCGAUUACAACUAUUUAUUAGUUGACAUUGGUGCACCAGGUCGUAAUAGUGAUGGAGGCGUAUUUAGGCAAAGUACUUUGGGUAAAAAAAUUAUUUAUAAUGAUAUUAAAUUUCCAAACCCCACGCCGAUCGAUACCGCAGUUGGACCAAUACCUUAUUAUAUAGUGGCAGAUGAAGCCUUUAUGUUACUGCCAAAUGUUAUGCGACCUUAUCCUGGCCGAGCUAAAGGAAAUUUACCAGUCGACAAAGCAAUUUUUAACUAUAGAUUAAGCCAGGCUCGCAGAUGUAUUGAGAACACAUUUGGUAUUAUGGCUGCCAAAUGGCGAAUCUUUCGUCGUCCAAUUAUAGCGGGAGAAAAAACAGUAGUUGCUAUAGUACAAGCAACAGUUGUACUACACAAUUAUAUUAAAAAAUAUGAGAAAAACCAAGGCAUUUUUAUGUAUUGUCCUCCACCACAAAAUGACCAUAAUAUCACUAGAACUUUUGAAAUCCAUGGAGCAUUGGAGCCAAUUGGUCCUGUAUGA